GGGGCGAGCGCUGCACCGGUCCCUCUGAUCAGCCCCACAGCAAACCCCGGAGCAGCGACAUAGAUGAGAGCGAAGAGGGGCACUAAAACCUCAGCCAUGUCCACGUCCUUGCGAGUGAGCCCCUCGGUCCACGGCUACCGCUUCGACACAGCCCUGCGCAAGAAAGCCGUGGCCAAUAUCUUCGAAAGCAUCAACCAAGAGUCGCUCCAGAAACUCUUCAAGAACUCUGGAGACAAGAAGGCAGAGGAAAGAGCCAAGAUAAUCCUCGCCACCGACCAGGACUUGGAGGAGAAAACGAGAGCGCUGAUGGCGCUGAAGCAAAGGAAGAAAGACAAACUUCUCCAGUUCCUGAAAUUGCGGAAAUAUUCCAUCAAAGUUCACUGAACUGCCAAAAGGAACGGCAACGGAAGGGAAUAUUUCGGAACCAGACCGGUCGCGACAUCCUAACCGUGGCAUUUCCCUCUGCCUCGCAAGCCGCUGGCGGGACGAGCGGACCUGACGGACCGGCCGAGAGACUUCCGCCCCGGAGCACAGCCGGCGCCGGCAGCGCGCACGCAGCGACCGGCCCGGCCCGGCCCGGCCCGCCCCGGCGGCGCCGCGGGCACGGCGGCUCCGCUCCUGCGGCACCAGGACUCCUUAAGAACUUGUUUACUGACUUCAUCUGUUCGCUCUGUCUUUUUAAACUGGUUUCCUUAGAGUUUAAAACCUUUCUAAGCCUCGCUGUUUUUUGCUAGGAUGGAGGAUUCUGGAGAUUGAUCAGCUACUGAUCAUUUAUAAUUCUGCAUUUGUUAAAAUGCAUUUAAAUGCACUGUAUGGGUGCAGUAAGCUCAGCCUUCAGGGAAUGCAUUUGCUCUAGAGGCACACUACAUAAAACUGUACUUUUCCUUUCUCAAGCAGUAUGUGUACAUUAUAAAUCAUUUGCACAAGAGCAAUAAUAAUGACAUUUUUCUCUGAAUUAACUGUGAAGUUCCUUAAUAUUUUGUUCACUUCCCAUUAAAACUAAAUAUCAUAAUUCCAGUUCUUAUUUGUAUAGGUUACAAUAGAUAUUAGAAAAUUAUUUCAUGAUAAUAUUUUAUGAUAAUGCUAUUAUUAUACCAGCUAUAAUUUAUUGCAUAUGGCAAGCUGAAAGUUUAAUAAAUUAUAAAUGUAAUAUAAA